ACUGGUUAUCCAUUUCUGCAGGCUGAAGCAAACUGUUAUAAGCAAACAUAUAUAUCUAGGGUUUAACUUUAACCAGUUGGGGAGCGGGAAUUCUCCUACAGAAUCACACUACAUUUGACAGGGAAAAUGGAGACGUCACUUCGUUAUGGCGUGGAUUCCAAGAGUUUGGUGAUUCAUGCCAAGGAGAAAUUUCCCCUCAACUCCCUCACCCACUUACAGGGUCAUGCAGAACUAGACACCAGAAUUGGAGCUCCAACUUAUCUGAGUGGAAUGAUAAGGCGAUACUUUCCUGAUCAAUAUGCCAGCCUCGCUGUUGGAGUGCAGUAUUAUAGGCGUCAAAAGCUCUGGUAUAAUGUUCGUGGUAAGAAGGCAUUUCCUGUGACUGCAGAUGAACAGUCACUACACUUUCAUAUCAAGGGCAAGUAUGAUGUGGACGAGAAACUUGUGGAGAAAAAAUCAAGAGUUGCUGCUGAAUUUACUUGGAACAUCAUGAAUGUGAAAAAAGACCAAGAUGUUAGGCUCAAAGUUGGAUAUGAAGUCGUUGAAAAGGUUCCUUACUUUCAGAUCAGAGAAAACAACUGGACACUCCAUGUCAACAAUAGUGGGAAAUGGAAAGUGAGAUAUGACUUAUGAUACUACUGAUGGACAGGUAACUUGUUUCACUGAGAGGGUUAUAAUGCAAGAGAGUAGAAAAUCAUCACAAUCCAUCCUUUUGACAUGCUAUCAUUGCAAAAAUGCAUUACCUUUUAGGAUUUGCUUUUGAGUAUUGUCUCAGAUCGUUACCGAAUUCAAUUCAAAGUUGUCACUCAUUAAAACUAGCUAUAUUUUGUGUAAUAAAUUUUGAUUUCCCAUGUACACUUACGAGACAUUGGCUCGAAUAGUGUGAUGUUCAAGCUGAUAUGCCAGGAGCUAUGUUUCUGCACUUCAA